AUGGGCCCACCUCUGACACGGUAUAUAUGGGGAAGGUCCUACCCUUCUCCCAAGGGCUCAGUGGCCAAGUUCUCGGAUAUAAGCCAUGCCUUCUUAGCCCAAUUCACCACCAGAAUAGCCAAGGCAAAGCACCCAAUCAAUCUGCUUGGAGUGACGCAGAGGUCCGGAGAACCGACAAGGAAAUAUCUAGAUCGUUUCAACGACGAGUGCCUGGAGAUCGAUGGGCUGACCGACUCGGUUGCCAGCCUAUGCCUGACGAACGGACUCCUAAACGAGGACUUCAGAAAGCACCUCACGACGAAGCCGGUGUGGACAAUGCAGGAGAUCCAAUGCGUAGCCAGAGAAUACAUCAAUGAUGAAGAAGUAAGCCAGGUCGUGGCUGCCAAUAAACGGCAGCCCUCCUACAGUCAAAACCGGCACCACGAAAGCGGAGAAAGGCAGAAGAAACACGCCAGAGACGGCGGUUCGAGUAAGAUUCCCAGGCCGUUCCCCCGCGUCGGGAAGUUCACUAAUUACACUCCCCUCACCGCGCCGAUUAUGGAAGUUUACCAACAAAUAGCCGAGAAGGGGAUCUUGUCAAAGCUCCGACCUCUGAAGGAACGAACAGGGGGGAGCAUGAGCCUUUACUGUGAUUACCACAAGGGUUACGGACACAAGACACAGGACUGCUUCGACCUGAAAUACGCACUGGAGCAAGCGAUCAGGGAUGGAAAGCUAGCUGAGUUCUCCUAUCUCAUUAGGGAGCCAAGGAGACGGAAUCGCGAUCAUGAGGGCAAAGACAAGACCCGAGCAGCAAAGCGACGCUAA